GGAACCUCAAUAAUAGUUCGCUUCGCAUCGAAUCGGUUUGUUUUCAAUUCUCGUGCAAAUCAUUUGGGAGUUUUUCCUUGUAAUAAUUCGCUAAAAUGGUCAAUAAAGUCGACCUGAGUGAUCGGGACGUUAGCGAUAAAAAGCGCAGAAAGACGACCACCAUAGAAGCCCCGCCGGCAAAGCUCACAAAGGAGGAUUUGUACGUGAAUACGAUAGCGUUCGAAGAACAGGAAGCUAGCAAACGUUCGCCUGAGAAGGAUGCCCAGUUGUUUCACAGCACCUGCGAUGAACUGCGGAAGCUUUUCGAUGAAAUUGCCGCCCUGAAGAAAGAAAAUUCGGAGGAGGCGCGAUUGAAAAUUGCCGACAAAAGGAUCGAUGGUUCGUUGGCUUUUGUGGCAUUGAAGAAGCUGAAUCGGUUGGAUAAGGUGCGGAUCAGGGACGGGAAGGAAGCCCUUCACAAGGAGAAGCUUCGUGUCGAUAGUAAUCGAUUGCAGUUGCAGAAUCUGCUGUAUGAAGCGGACCAUCUAAGGAAGGAAGUACAGAGGUGCUAUCUGUUCAAGAGCCAGGACGAAGAAAUUGAGCUGGUACCGGUGGAGGAAUUUUACGCGAAUGCCCCAUCAUCUAUUGCGCGUCCGGAGAAGACCAAGAACGAUGAACAUGCUAGACGGAUUGCUAGAUUGGAGUGGGAAUUACAGCAGCGCAAGGAGCUGGAUGCACUUUGCAAAGAACUGCACUCAUCGAAAGCGAAGGUAGCGGAAGAGAUCGUGUCGAAAACGGAGCGGCUGGAUUCGUUGGCACCCAGGUUGAAGGACUUACUGGCAGCCACCAGACCACUCCAGGAAGCAUUGGAUAUGCCGAUUGAGAAGGGCUGGGAGGUUCAGAAGACGAUUCGAUUGUUGGUGCAACCGCUUUACAUGCUAUAUGCCAACGUUACGGCUUACGGAGAGGCGUGCGAUUCGUCGCUAUCGACUACCGUUCAAGGCGAUGAGGAUGAAGCUCGUCAGAUUGAAUUCACAGGUAGUUUGGAUUGUGAUUCGGAUGAUGAUGGUGGCAAUGAGCGAGAAGCUAGGGGAAGCUAUAAUCGUCGUAAAACCAGCAAGCACCAGGAUCCGGCGAGACAGAAACGCAAGGCUCUGGCUAAACCACAUCCACUGAGUGUAACGAUCGCGAUCAAGAGCAAGGAGGGCAAGGAAUCAUUGGCGCUCACAUUUCAUUACGUACCGAAUGCAGGAUUCGUUACGGUUAAAUGUGCUCUGGUGGAUUUUGAGAUCUCCGGCGUAGCUGCUGGGGACGUUAUGUCAAAGGAGAACAUUUUGAAUGAACUUUUUCCGAAUGACAACGGAGAAGGCAGUCCGAAUCCAAAGACUAAAUUUCAGCUGCAGGAAAUCGGUGUCAGUAUGGAAAAAUUCGGUUCAAUGAUGAAGGAGCGUGAUCUGGGGAAGCCGUACAAGUGGGCUCAGGAGCUGUGUGGGGUCGAAUUUGUAAAUUCGGGAGAGAAAUUUCUGGCCGCAAGCGAUAAAUGGCAGAACACUAUCCCUGUCGUCAUCAAGGCGAUUCGCACUCGAUGGGAAGCCCGCAUUAAAUUGUAUCAGCAAAUUCAUGAGCUAGAAAUCGGUACCGUGGACACUUCCAUUAACAUGGAGCACAACAAUCCGGUUCGCAUUUCCAGCACGCUAGUCCAGUGGACUGCGCUUUCUUACGCGGAAUAUGUGGGUUCAAAUGUUACGGAGAAAUUCGUCGAUCAGUGCUCUUCUAGUCCUAAUGACCUAUAUUUCCGGGCCAUUGUUACCCGAGGAUCGGCUAAGCUCGAAUGCUACAUCUGUGUGCCGUGUGACUUCCCGGAAAGUACCGCACUGUGGUCAUUUUCGCUCAAUUGGAACGGAAAACAUUCUGCUGCCGAUAAUGCCGCCGUGAGGGACAUGGAAUACUGGACCAACAGCUUGCAAUCAUCGAAGCAUCAGAAGUCGCUGCUUUCGUUACAACUGAAGCGAGCGAUGUCGUGCUUGGAUAUCUACUUGGAAACCGAAGGGUGCUUCAACACACCGCCAGAGUUCACCCAGGAUAAAACGUAUCUCAAACCGUUCCGGGGACGGGCUCGCGCUCGCCCUUUCCGUCUCGUGUCCAGCGGUAGCAGCUCUGUUUUCACACAAAUAUAGUAGAAACAAAUUAUCUUUCGAUGCAUAUUUUUAGUGAAUUCAAAUAUAAAUU